UCGGUUUUGUUAGAUUCCGAGCAUUUAGCCAUGAAAUUGAAUUUGGUGAUCUGAUUUAAUAUUCCCAAUCAUGCGAAUGAUGUAAGAAUUUGGGUGAGAGUAUUACAUUAUGAUUGACUUGUUCUUUUGCAGUACUGGGUCAUAUGGAAGAGUAAAACACUAUAUUCACUACUUUUAAAUUACAUUAAGAGUUUUGUGGUUUCUACAAAUAUGAGAAGUUCAACUGAAAGAAUACAAAAUUUUCGACAUUGGAAGCCUAUGCAUCAAACUGGACAAGAAAGAUUUAGAACACUAACUAGCUCAUAUUACAGAGGAGCUCAAGGGGUAAUAAUGGUAUAUGAUGUAACACGGCGUGAAACUUUUACAAAUCUGUCUGAUAUAUGGGCUAAAGAAAUUGACUUGUACUCAACAAAUCAAGAUUGCAUCAAGAUGCUUGUUGGCAACAAAGUCGAUAAGGAAAGUGAAAGGGUUGUCAGCAAAAAAGAGGGUAUUGACUUUGCUAGAGAAUACGGAUGUCUUUUUUUAGAAUGUAGUGCAAAAACUAGAGUCAAUGUGGAGCAAUGCUUCGAGGAGCUCGUGUUAAAGAUUUUGGAUACACCUAGUCUCUUAACUGAGAGCUCAGCCGGGGUGAAGAAGAACAUCUUCGAAGAAAAACCUCCACAAUCUGCUGAGUCCACCAGUAGCUGUUGCUCUUGGUGAUUACUCUCUGGUGUCUCUCGCCAACACUCCCCUUUCAAAUAGCAUUUCAUUUUCCCUUUCCUCGGUUGAUCAAAAUGUUCACAACUAAUUUAAUUUGAGGUGAAACUAAAUAUUUAGUUUGA